GUCACGUGGCCCGCCAUGGCCGGCGGGGAGGGCGCGGGCGCCGCCCAGCGGCGGCGGAGGCGGAAGGAGGAGGACCCCGGGGUGCGGCUGUCCAAGGCCCUGAGCUACGUCCUGCGCCAUGGGGCCGAGGCCGAGGGGCUGCCCAUGGGCCCGGACGGAUUUGUUGAGGUGGGGGCUCUGCUGCGGCUGCGUCGCUUCGCGGGGGUCUCGGAGGGUGACGUGCGCAGGGUGGUGGCCGCUGACCCCAAGGGUCGCUUCGCCCUCCGGCCGGACCCCCUGAGGGUCAGAGCCAACCAGGGGCACUCCCUGCCGGUGCCGGAUCUGGAGCUGACCCCCCUGUGCGCCCCCGAGGCGCUGCCCCCCACCCUGGCCCACGGCACCCGGCGCCGCCUGUGGGGCCCGAUCCGGGCGGGGGGGCUGCGCCCCAUGGGGCGGCAACACCUGCACCUGGCGGGGGGGCUGCCGGGGGACCCCGGCGUGCGCAGCGGGAUGAGGUCGGACUCGGAGAUCGCCAUCAUCAUCGACGGCCCCCGCGCGCUGGCGGACGGGAUCCCCUUUUUCCGCUCGGCCAACGGGGUGAUCCUGACACCGGGGGACGCCCAGGGCCGGAUCCCCCCCAAAUAUUUCCUGCGGGUUCUGCAGCUGCGGCCGCACCGGUGUGAACUGCCCCUGGACGGACCCUGGGAUGAGAAGGGGGGAGAGACCCCCGGAUGAGGAUUUGGGGGAGGGGUCUGAUCCCCCCUCCAACAAGAAUUUGGGGGGUUCCGACCUCUCCCCCCAUAAGGAUUUGGGGGGGGUCUGAGCCCCCCAGGCCCCACAGACUCAAAUAAAGGCUCCCUGAACACCA